AUGCUCGAAAUAAGCAAAGAAAGCGUGAUACAAACCCUUCUUGAUCAUGGAGGCCCCGACAAAACUCAACGCCCGCUUUUUCAAAAGAUCGUGAAUCAGGUCGCAUUUGUCAAAACGAAGGAAGAAAAUGGAGAGGCUAUAAAAGUAGUUUUUCUGAAGAAAGAGCUUCGAUCAAGUCCUUCCUCAGCAUCUGUCACAUCUUCUUCCCGCGGAAGUCCAGCGAGUCAAAGUCGAGUAUUUAUCCCCGACGCGAUCAGAGAAAUUAUGCCACAAGGCUCUUCUGGGUAUUCAUCUCCACCGAGCACAAUUACAAAGCCGACUCGACGUAUUUCGCCCGACAGAUCUUCUUACACUAAUUCGGAUCGCUCAUAUAAUGCUCCACCUGCUCCUAUUUCAAAUUUGAGACCACAGAAUCUCGAGAAAGUUCGAAACUCCCCAAGACAUUCCCCACGAAACUCGCCUCGAGAUUCACCAAGGGAUUCUCCAAGAGACUCCCCAAGAGAUACACCGCGUGAAUCAUCGACACCUCGUCACAUAACUCCGCGAGAAUCCCCUCGAUCUUCGCCCCUUCACAUGGAAUCUCGUCCUCGCGCUCCUAAAACUAUGGCUCCUCCUCCGCCGAAAGCCGCCCCUGCGCCUCCCCCCGUCAAAACUGCCCCCAGUAGAGAAGUGACUUCAGAUUUUCCUCCACCGCCUCCGAUCGUCGUCGAGCCAGCGUCUUCGUCUUCAACCCCUCCGCCUCCAGCAACUUCAAUGCUUCCUCCAUCGAUUCCAGACGAAUUCAAGCGUCCAAAGGACCCUCCACGAAAAAUGUCGAUCGACAGCUCAAAGCGAACAAUUUUAGCUGACAGAAACAUGAACAUGAAGCUUUCUGGAAGCAAGGAGAGUUUAAAUUCGCUGCAUUCUGCUAGUACGAACAGAAAUCAACUCGGCGAGCUGGAGAAAAAUUGGUUUGAAUUUUCAAUGGAAGGAAACAUCGAUGAAGUGAAAAGGGCGCUGAAGGAAAAACCUGAAAUCUUGGAGCAUAAAGAUUAUAUUCUUGGGUAUACUGCGGCUCAUUGGGCGGUGAAGACGGAAAAUGUGGAUCUUUUGAAAAUUUUAGUGGCGUCCGGCCUUGAUCCUAAUUGCAAAAGUCACAAUGGGGGAACUCUUCUCCAUUUAGCUGUCCAAUCCGGUCAUUACAAAAUCCUCGAUUACCUCCUGAACCUGAGAACAAACGCAACUCUUGUUGUUGACAUUCACGCGCGGGACAACCUCGGAAAGCUUCCAAGACACUACCUUUCAGAAGAAAACUUCGACAGGGAGCAAUACCAGCGUCUGGUUAAAACUAUUGCUCCACCUCGCAGCAGAGAAACAGACGACCUACCGAAGCCAGAGCCGAACGCAUUUGAAAACCGUAGAAGUCCCGUGCGAAAGGAGUCAAAAGGCAGCAUUUUCCAAUCAAUGCGCAAGGGCACCUCGGCUUUCCUCGACAGCAAAAUUAACAAAAAGAGUUCAACCAGCAAUCUGGGCUCAACUAACUUCAAGCAAAACAGUCCUUCGUCACGUGGCUGGAAUAAUCUCUAA